UGGACAACUGUCAUGCAGAUACGAAGGAGUAUUCUUCAUUGUCCUCCUCUAAUAUAUUACUUUAUACGCGCCAGAUAAGCCAAAGAUAUGAGAUUUCUGACGCGAACAGUACAGACAGCUUUAUCAACGCAGAGGACGCUGCCACCAGGGGGCAGUCGAGAGUUCUGGGGUUGGCUUAAUGCUGUAUUCAACAAAGUGGAUUAUGAACGUAUUAAAGCGGUAGGUCCGGACCGGGCGGCGUCUGAGUGGCUCUUGCGCUGUGGGGCUAAAGUGCGUUUCCAGGGCUUUGAUCGGUGGCAGCACGACUACAACGGCCUUCCCACAGGCCCACUGGGCCGUUACAGAAUUGAAGCAAUCGACGCCACCGAGUCCUGUAUAAUGUACAGAGGGUUCGACCACCUGGAUGGUCUGAAGCACGUGGAGGAGAUCAAGCUGAAUAAGUGUAUCUACAUUGAGGACGUGUGUCUUGAGAGACUGAGCGGUAUUGAGAACCUGCAGGCCAGCCUGCUCAAAAUGGAGAUCGUCUCCUGCGGCAACGUGACGGACAAGGGCGUCGUCUCUCUCUAUCGACUUCGGAAUUUAGAAUAUCUGUUUCUCAGUGACCUGCCUGGAAUCCGAGAGAGAGAGAAAACAGUGGACAGACUUCAGACAGCCCUGCCCAAACUGACCAUAGAGCUGGAUUUGGCCUGACCAAUCAGAGUCACGGACAUAGUCAUAGGUCCAUGGCGCAGUGGGCGCCAUGGCAACCUAGACAAGGAGUGAGCAUUGUUUCCAGGUUUCAUCGGAGGCACUAAGGGAUGGGAAAAAGGACAAAAAGCACGGCACCGGUGCUUAAACUGCUCUUUUAAUGCAUCUGCUCAUCGAAAACAGAAUGGAUAGCAUUACUUUCUCACUCAUUAGUUUCAUCCCCUUUAUUUUGUGUAUUAUAAACUUUGUUUCAUAGAAAAGUACAAGAGAGACACGGCACUUGUAAGAAAAACAUGUGUGUAGACAGAGAUACUAAGAAAUAAAAGAACCCAUGAAUUUGGGAAACA